AGACCGACGGGCUAGUUCUGCGCCGGCCGGCAGGGUAGACGGACGUGUGUGCCGUUUUAGCGCGAAACUUCUUCGUAACUCUUCGAUACUAAAAAACUUGUAUCAUCAAACUUGUCAAUAUAUUGUAAAUUUUAGUAUUGUAUUGUGAUAUAAUAAGCUAUAUUAUACUAAUUUUAUAUAAAGUGACUGUUUGUUUCAAGACAUUGUGUGAUGUUUAUUUUUUUGUGUAACUGCAACGUGUUUAGUUCAACGGACUGAGGAGGCUGAAAAUGUAUUCGCGGUGUUAAUUAGACAGUUUUGUGUUUUGUGUUGUGUACAAGUGACUGUGUUACAAUGCGGACUUUGGGAGUCACGGCCCUAAUGGUCCGAUGGUUGACGUGCUUACUCGUCAGUGUGGAGUGGCAGGUUCAAUCCCAGCUCGUGCAACAAAAUUCUGAAGUAGAUAGUUCAUAUAACUUUUACUAUGAACAGCCAUGCUGUGUGGGCCCGGUGAUAAAAAACAAAUACCACAUUAUGAGGCAUAAGAGAGAUCAUGUGCGGGAAUUCUCCUGUGGCACUCUAUACUACAGGACCUUCUUUGUGGAUUCCAAACGCGACGCUCUCUACGUCGGCGCUAUGGAUCGCCUAUAUCGAUUAAAUAUGAACAACAUAAGCGCGUCUCACUGUGAUAGAGACUCAAUCAAUUUGGAGCCAAGCAACGUAGCACAAUGUGUCUCCAAAGGAAAAUCAGAACAUUUCGACUGCAGAAACCACGUCAGAGUGAUCCAGCCAAUGGGCGACGGAUCGAGACUUUACGUGUGCGGAACCAACGCGCACAGCCCCAAGGAUUGGGUGCUAUAUUCGAACCUGACGCACCUGCCGCGACACGAAUACGUGCCAGGCAUCGGCAUGGGCGUCGCGAAGUGUCCCUACGACCCGGCCGACAACUCCACCGCCCUGUGGGUGGAGCGAGGCAACCCGGGAUCGCUGCCCGCGCUCUACUCCGGCACUAAUGCGGAGUUCACGAAAGCGGACACCGUGAUCUUCAGAACCGACCUCCACAACUUGACGACGGGCCGGCGGGAGUUUUCUUUUAAGCGCACUUUGAAAUACGACUCCAAAUGGCUAGACAAACCAAACUUCGUGGGUUCCUUCGACGUCGGCGAAUACGUGCUGUUCUUCUUCCGAGAGACGGCAGUGGAAUACAUCAACUGUGGCAAGGCGGUGUACUCAAGAGUAGCUCGUGUCUGCAAACAAGACACGGGCGGGAAGAACAUCCUCAGCCAGAAUUGGGCCACUUACCUGAAAGCACGACUUAACUGCAGCAUCCCUGGGGAGUUCCCGUUUUAUUUUAAUGAAAUACAGAGCAUUUACAAAGUGCCGGGAGACGACAGCCGGUUCUAUGGAGUGUUUACAACCGCCUCCACCGGGUUGAUGGGUUCAGCCAUCUGCACGUUCACCAUCGGAGACAUUCAGAAGGCGUUUGAAGGGAAGUUCAAGGAGCAAGCCACGUCCAGCUCCGCUUGGCUGCCCGUCAUCAGCAGCAGAGUCCCGGAGCCGAGGCCGGGGACCUGCGUCAACGAUACUUCAUCGUUGCCUGAUACAGUGCUCAAUUUUAUAAGGUCUCACCCACUGAUGGACAGUGCAGUUUCUCACGAACACGAGAAGCCAAUCUACUACAAACGGGACCUGUUCUUCACCCGCCUGGUCGUGGACAGAGUGAAGGUGGACAUGAUGGGUCACCAACUGGACUACACCGUUUACUACGCGGGCACCAAUGAAGGAAAAAUUCACAAAAUCGUGCAGUGGACUCGCAACGGCGACAGCCAGUCAGCUUUACUUGACAUCUUCGACGUUACUCCCGGCGAGCCGAUUCAGGCGAUGGCUCUGUCGCGGCUACACGGCUCGCUCUACGCCGCAUCCGACCGGCGCGUGCUACAGCUACGCCUGGCGCUGUGCGCGCGCCGCUACGACGCCUGCGUGCGAUGCGCGCGCGACCCCUACUGCGGGUGGGAUCGAGACGCCGGUGUGUGCAGGGAAUAUAUGCCGGGAUUAAUUCAAGAUGUGGCGAACGAAACGGCGGAUAUCUGUGACUCGUCGAUCUCUCGGAAGAGCGUUUCAGCGACUUGGGGCCAGAGCUUGCAUCUCGGCAGCUUUGUGAAGAUGCCCGAAGUACUGCAGCCCAGAGCUGUGACGUGGUACCAUUAUUCUAGAGAAAAGGGACGGCAUCCUAUUGCAUUUAAUAAACCUGAGAAAUAUAUCGAGACAUCGGAACACGGGCUGCUGAUAAUAUCUGUGAACGAGGCGGACGCGGGUCGCUACGACUGCUGGCUCGGCGGGUCCCUUCUCUGUUCUUACAACAUCACGGUAGAUACGCACAGGUGUUCACCGCCGGAGAAGAGCAACGAAUAUCAGAAAAUUUACACAAACUGGUGUCACGAAUUUGAAAAAUACAAGACCGCCAUGAAGACAUGGGAAAGAAAACAAGAGCAAUGCGCUCGACAGAACGACUCGAAUCAGAACACGCAUCCCAACGAAAUUGUGUGAUAGCUUCUGAACAUCGCCUAUCUCAUGUUUCAAUCGGUCAACUACUACGCCGGGGCGAUCCCCAUACCUUACGUCUCGGCCUCUCUGCAGUACUACCACGUGCUCUCGUGAAGAGACAUCGAUACCCUCCACAUACAGAACGAACGUGAAGCUCAAGAUAUAGUGAAUCUAGUGCCCCCUCUAGCUUUUGUAAAACUAUAGUGACAAGUGACGGAACCCAUCGUUCCACAACGCAGCGGGAACAUGAGAAAGGUGAUUGGACAAGCGAAAUUAUAUGGACCUCGAUUAUUAAAAUUUAAGGAACGAUUCCUAGCGUUGUGCGAUGUUUUGUUGGAGAUUGUAUGUAUAAAAAAAGGUUUUAUCUAAAAAACUUUCUUAACGUAAGUACGCUUUGUUCGUUAAAGUAGAUUUGUUAGUGAUCCGAAUGGAAUUAAUUUUGUUUUCUAGUAUAAUAUAUAAAACUAUGUGAUUGGGAAUUUACUCGUAAAUUUACUGUUUAAUGUAAAAGGCGUUCUAACAACGGAUAUUCGGUAAUUACUGAAGUAAUAAAGUAUCGCAUUAGUUGUACAUUAUUAUGAAAGGUGAGUGAUAUGUUCAAAUUCUAUGUAUUUUACGCAAAUGUUAUUUUACUGCCAUACCCGAAAAGUUAAUUAAACUAUAUCACUCAAUCAUUUGUCAGGUAAAUUUUACCAAAUCUUUGCAAUGUACUAGAAAAUCAAUUGAACUUUUAACUUUGAUCAAACACAGCCUCAAUAAUCAAAAUUAAUAUAAGUUAAAGUUCUUUUGACCAUUUCAUAUAACUAAGUAUAUUUAUACUUGUUUAUAUUAUUUUACUAUUAAUUAUAGACACAUAAUUUAAUAUUCCGGACUAUGUUAUUUUACGAUUGAAGUAUUAAAUUAAUGUUUAGCAAAUGACUAAAAUAAUUAUGAAUUAAACAUCGCUAGUUAAAUAAUGCGAAUUUAGACGUUGGUCGACUGUGAAAUGUGAUCUGAGAGUAAUUUGAUUUUACUGGAUCCGAUUAAAAUACCAAAAUAAACCUAGCAGUUUCCGAUAAAAUUAUACGUGUGAAUUUGAAUUAACAACUUAUCCAUCUAUGCAUUUAUAGUUAAGCAUUUACUAUUUUUUCCCAAUAAUAAUUUACUCAUACAUUUGUUUUUAUUAAUAAAAGUAUACCUACCGCUCUAUUUUAUAUACAAAUAAAAUCUUUUAUUCAGUUGGCCCAUUCUUAGAAAAUAUAUAAUUUACCUAAAUUUAUUUUUGGGUUACAAUAGCAAUAAAAUACACUUGCCAGAAAUAUAAAAUUGUACUGUUAUUUUAUAUAACAAGCUGACCCGACAGAAUUUGUCCAUAACUAUGAAUAUUCAAUUCUAACUAAAACAUUGUAAUUUAAAUGAAUUCCCAUAUCCAUGGUCACGCCAUUACUUGAAAACAAUUUAGUCGUUUUCAAGAAUAAAAAGCAGCUGUCUCCUAAAUGCAUAUUCAUAUAUCAUUCAUAUCAAAUGCGUGAAUUUCGAAAUCCUUGCGUUAGGUCUUCCGAAAGUUGCUAAUUUUUCAUCGUAUUAGAAACGUUAAUACUUUUACAAAGUAUUAUAUAAAAACUUAUAUACAGCCUAAUUUAGAAACUCCUCUUUUUGGAAAUCAGCCAACAAAAACAAAGAUUAUUAAAAUUAAUGGUUGAAGUCAAAAGUUUUCAUGUUAUGGCAUGACCAAAGUAAAUAUGGAUUAAUAAUUAUAUAUAUUAUAUACAAUUUUAUUUAGUUAUUCUUAAGCUACAAGCAUUUUAAUCUUCAGUUGUAAUUAAGUUUGUUAACAAAAUGAUCAAGAUGGGAUACCUUUUAGCUGUACUAAUGGGUGAAAUACGUACCGCUAGCCGCUUCGCCGUAAUUUCAAAUCUCCGAGGGUUGUGGGAAGGUUCGCCUCAUUAUUUUUCCCCUAUUCGUGUAAAUAGUUACCUAAUUCUGUUCUCUACUAAUGUAAGUACGUAUAGAAUGCACGUCCCUAAACGUAAUGAGUAUAUUUUAAGCCUGUGAUAUAUAAGAAAUUCGUUUAGGGCAUAUAUAUAAGUGUUCAUUCACUAACUGGUAUAUAGAUAAAUUAUAAUUUUUAAACGCCGGAACUUUUUAUCAGAAAAUAUAUUAAGAUUUUAAAACCUAAAAAUAAGUUUCUACGAAAAAUAAAUCACUUUGAAAACGUCUUUUAGAAUAUUGAAUGUCACAGAUAUAGUUGUACGGUAUGGUUAGACGUCACAUUCCUUUGCCACUGCCACGUAAAAUAUAAUAUAGUCAGUAUAAAAUAAUACAUAAGUACUUUAUUUGAUCAUCCAAGUUUAACAUUUUUUCUUAUACAGUAAAAUUUUAUAUCUAAAUAGGAUAUUUACUGAAAGAACAAAUAAUAAUUAUAAUUUGAAAUUGUUUGGCACAUCAAAAAUGGUAUGCACAUUUUGUGAUGUACCAAAGAUUUUAUUAUUAAUUAGGAAGUAGGAAUCUGCCAAUUCGUUAUACAAAACAUACGUUAGUAUAUAAUAUAACUUUUUGUAUUGUAUUUUUGUAUAUAACUUUUUGUGUUGUAUACUCAACUGUGUGUUUUUAAAAAUAGGUGUGUUUUUCAAUACCGAAUUAUUUUAAAUUAAAUAAUUGAAAGAUAUACAUUCUGCCUUAUAUUUCUAUUUGUUUUUUAAAUUUAAAUUAACAUGCCAUUACAAUAUUACGAUAGACGACAGAAUAACAAUCGAUUAUUUUUUUAUAAAUACGUAAUUUUGAUAUUUUCAAUCGGCGAUAUCGGCAGUUUUCUACUUACUAACUUAAUACAAAGUGUCUAUACAUGAAAGCACAUGAUCCACAAGAAAGCUGGAAAUGUAUAAUGGACUCUUCGUACGGUAGGACCGUAAAACUUGACGUAAUAAAACAGCAAUAAUGUUUACUAAAAGUUUCAGCAAAGCUUGCUCAUCUUAGUAAAAUGUAUGCUUCGACAUACGGAAAAAGGCCUGUCACGCUUAGCGAGUAUAUGUUAUGUACCCCGCUUACAAUACUCCCUAUGUCCUUGCGUACAUAUUUACUAGUAGAAUAUUAUUAUUUAUAAUAUUUAUAUUGAAUAUAUAAAAAUACUAGUAUAAAGUAGCCAGUGUUUAGGAAAUACUCUGCAUAUUUUUGUACAAAAAAAUUAAUCUAAAUGUUGUUCUAUAAAAUAGUUAGUAAGUGACCCCUCACGUAUCAUACUCAUUGGUAACUGUUUGAGAUUACAUUUUGUUGUGUUUACACUUUUGUCGUUCGAAGAAAUAAUAACCAAGUGCAUAAAAGUGGCAGUCAGGUGUUUUAUUGACUAUUUAAAUGAGAGGCAUUUUUUCUUAUACAAAAACUUACUAAAGUUACUGUCAGGAAUAUCUAAUAAUUUUAUUUACGCAAUUUUAUGUACGCAGUAUUUUUGUGUAUUUUUUUUAUUUUUGAGCAGACCCAAAUAUAUUACAAUUUGAGUUAAAAUUUCAAUUGCGAAUUUUUACAAUUUUUUUUGGAAUGUAAGAAGUUUUUAUGUAUUAAUUGUCGGUAUAUUUUGUGUAAUAGAAGAAUUAUAUUUAUAUUUGCUUGGACUUAACUGAUAUUCAAACAUACCUGAAUAUUGUUAAAAUCUGAUGAAAAUAUAAAAUAAAUAAUGAACCCAAAAGUGUAAAUAAAAAUAAAAUUUCUUGACUUCAUAUCAUUUUUAUCUACGUAAGAGCUUGUAUUAUAUUAAAAUACUUACAUUCAUUCUAUGUAUUUCAGAAAAUUAAAUCAUAUUAUAUAAAUACUAUUAUAUUUUCUAGAAAUUUAUCGAGAAAUCAUCUCUGUAGAACAAUGUUUAAUUGUUUAUGUAUUUAAAAUAACCUACACUGUGUCAUACACAUGGAUAUACAAAGUCUCAAGCCAAAAUGGAUGAAGAACAAAAUGAGUUGCUAUAAUUCGUAUUUUGUAAUGUAUAAAAUAAUUAGGAUUUUUUAUUAUUAUCCAAAAAAACCAUAUUACUUAUCCUAAAAAAAAAUUGGAUGUAUAAUUAUUUCCUUUACAAGCUAACUUUUCUGUAACUUGUCGGAACAAAAUCGCAAUGAUUCUGUAAUAUUUCUUCUAACAAUUUGGCUUGCGUGUAGUGCAUACAACUAUCUAUAUGUAAACAAUCCAUAGACAUCAAAUAUAAAAGAAAAUCGAUUUAUGAUCAGCCAAUAAUGUAUUUUUCAAUUGUUGUUUAUUUAAAAUAAGCUCAAUAAGCCCAAUAUUAUAUAAAAAUAGGAACCAAAGUCACUGAACAUGUGCAAAUAUUGUAUUAGGUAUUAUUGUGUACUGUUUUUUACUUAACUGUAAUGAUUGUUGUUGAUCAUAAAUCAUUUGUUUACGACAGUGCGGUUAUUUUGCGCUCAUUUUUUGUUUAUAGCGAAAUGAAAUCAAAACCGGCCAUUUUGUACUACUACUAUAUUAAAACGUAUUCCUUUACUCUAUAGAUAAUUCUAAAGGCUCAACUAACGAGGUAACAGUUCUGGAAUUCCGCCGUACUAGUGUAAUUAUAACUUUAGGUGCUUAUGUUCGGUUUCGCAGAUAUAUUUUCCCUCAUAUCAUGUUGUAUAUACAUAAAUCGGGAUAGUACAUAAAUUAGGAGUAAAUAUCUGAGCUUCGUCGUUUAUUAAUAAAUUGUGUACUACGUAAGAUAUCGUACUUAAGUAUUUUAGUGUUUACGAAAGGGUGUCCCAAGUGACGGGGUGAGCCUGCGCAAUAAUUAUAGCUAAAUAACUUACUAUUGUCUGUACUAUUGGAAUAGUUCUGUAAAUUUCACAUGUUACUAUACUAGGUAUGUAAGUUAAUUUCAAAUGUAGAGAUAAGAUUUUAUAUAAUAAAUCUGUGAAAUGUA